AUGAUGAAGAGGAUUACUUCUAUUCUGCAAAGUCAUCCAGGGCCUGUGAAGUACUUCCGGGUUGACUCAUCUGAUAUUAAAAAUGGAAUGGAGCAACUAGAAGAAUGGUUUAACAUAUUGAGGAAGAAAGCAGUUGAGGAAGUAGUUAUUGUGAACUCUAGCUGGCCCGAUCAGAUGAUCGAUUUUCCAAUCAAUGAUCUUGAUUGUGAAAGUCUAAGGCGGAUCAGGAUAUGCUUCUUUAGGAUAUCUGACACUGUCCUUAACUAUGUUGAAAACCUCAGUGCAAUAGAUCUUUCCUGUUGCGCUAUUACUUCUCAAGACUUGUACGCACUAGUCAGUCAGAGCAAAAAUCUGAAGGAACUAGACAUUGGUCUUUAUAAAGGUGCUGCAAUCAGAUUAAAUUCCAAGAGCCUUGAAGUUCUUCUUAUCUGGCAUUCUACAGUUCAAAAUGUCUCUGUCCAAAAAGCUUUGAAACUGCGCAAAAUCCUUGUUGCGGCACGGGCGAAGAAAUCAUGUGUUGGUGUUUGGAUUGAUGGCGCCCAUGUAUUGACUGAUGUGUGGCUGAAUGUUUCAACACAAUCAAUCACGAUCAACAAUAUCAGCAUGCUGAAGGUAAGCAAUCAUUUUACUUGGUUUUUCUGCGCAUGGUUGACGUUUAUGUUUGAUUUAUCUGAUUAUGUUCUGUUUCAUUGGCUGUAGGAUGUCGCUCCUCUGCAUAGUCUUAGAAGGCUUGUUUUGAAUAUAUCCUUGCAAGUCGAAAAGGAAAGGUUCACAUUAAUAAACCUAAUGAAAAGUUGCACAGCGCUUAAGGAGUUAACUCUUUGGGUAAGUGCCCUAAUAUAA